CGAAAAACAUUUCGUCACUUCCAACCAAAAAGAACUCUAAAGUCUAAACCCACACACACUCACGCUCAGCCGCUCAGGUGAAUCGAGAAACCCUAAUUUCAGAUCAUGACGCGAUCUGUCGUUGUUCAGGGCUGGAGAUCCAUUCUCUCUCGUCGCAAGUUCUGUUCGUCCGUUCGUAGCAUAAAAAGCGCUAAAGAUUCCGAAACCUUUAAAGCUUCGAUUCUCCUAAGCAUGACAACAUCUAUCCUUGAUAGGAUAGAUGAGCUUUUUAUGAUUUCUGCUAUAGUUUCUAAGCAGAUAGAUGAAACAGAUGAUUUCGCAAUUCCUUUUGCUAUCUCAAUUCUCAAAAUCCGUGAAUAAGGUUCUUGAGAUACUUGGAGAACAUGUUAAGAUUUCCGAGAAUAUGGUUGUCCAACAAAUUUUUAUUUCCCGGAUGAGGAUGAGAACUAGCCAGCAGUUUAACCAAAAAAAUUUAAACUCUUUAAUACUUGAGGCAGGCUCUCAAGUCUUAAGGAAUCCAAUGUCUGUUAACCUUGAUGAGAUUUAUGUUGCCAAGAUCUUGGGAGUAGACUCGCGCAAAUCUUGCGUUGUCCGUGGUAUCCUUUUGAAAAGUGAUGAUCCAUUAGGCGAGUGGAAAAUGCGAAGGUUGCUGUUGUCCCUGAUCUCGUUCAUACUGCUGAGCAGGUAGAGAACUUUGGAAAGACAAAGGAAGCUGUGGUUGAGGCUUUGAUUAAAGCUAUUGCUGAUUCAGGAGCAAAAGUCAUUGUUAGUCGGUCAUCAAUUUGUAAAAUGACACUAAAUCUCUGCGAACUCUACAAGAUAAUGGUUCUGCAGAUUACUUCCGAAAUUGACUUUACCAGUUUCUGCUGUAAAGCUGGUGCAGUUGCCUCAUCUCAGCUUUUCUUGCCUCAGCAUCUGGGAUAUACUGAUUCAAUUUCAAUAACAGAGAUUGAUGGUGCAAGACUAAUGAUUGCCGAGAUUGGUAACUCCUCUACAAUUGUUUUGUGUGGAACCAAAUGGAGCCUCUUAAACAAACAAGAGAGAUACAUUACUCAGGGAAUCGAUACAU